AUGGAGCCAUAUCAGUGCGGAGGACGGAGGGGGAGGCCCGGAGAGAAGGCCCUGCUGGAGGAGGUGCGCUCUGUGCUGCCCCACACCCUGCCUGAUACCCUCCCUACUGCCAAACUCAUCUCACAGACACUGGACCUGUGUCAGGUGCUGAGGGACACGCUGGCUGUGCAUGAAGCCGUGAUGAGGAGCUCCAGCCCCUCCAGCCUGGGGAAGUACAGAGCCCUGGGCUGCAGCAUCCAGAGCCUCCUCCCACAGAGCCCAGACUACCAGACAGUCACACAGCUGCUGCAGCAGAAGGACCAGCACAGAGAGAUUAAGAUUCACCAUGUGUUCCAAGUGAGGCGUGGGGCGGAGCUUCAGAUGUUCAGGGAGGAGCUUGGUAACAUUAAGCCCCUCCUCCACUCUACAAGUCCAGCCAGCUUUGUUGGAAUCCUCUCUCGAGGUCUUCUGCUGCCCCGGGUUGGUGUGGAGUGUCAUGGAGUGGAGCGCACAGAUGUGGGAUUCCUCGGAGGCGGCAUCUACUUCAGCGACUCCUUCAGCACCAGCGUGAAGUACUCCAGGCCCGGCGAGACGGACGGCUCGCGCCUGCUGCUGGUGUGUGAGGUGGCCCUGGGACGCUGCAGAGAGUUGCAGAAGAAGGACCCCACCCUGACCUGCGCCCCCGAGGGCUACGACAGUGUGCACGGGGCCCGCAGCACCCCCAGACAGCACUCUGAGUUUGAGGACGAUGAGUAUGUGGUGUACAGCCCUGAGCAGGUGAGGCUGCAGUAUGUGGUCCAGUACACCCUGCCAGACGACCAGGUCAAGGACUUCCAGCCGUCUGUGGACACCUCUGUGGAAAACAUCCCCCAAGCAGGGACCUCUGACAUCUUGGCCAGUGAAGACAGUGGGGGGUUCGGGGACGUUAAGAACCCACUGGACAGCGUGACCGCUGGUCUCCUGGACAGUGCUGGACAGAUGCUCCCCCUGCAGGCCGUCCAUGUGAAGUGCAAGCUGGUGGACCUGCUAUCUCAGGUCAUCAUCUUCCAGACGUACUCCAACCCAAACACCGUUCCCAUCGAGGCCAAGUAUGUGUUCCCCUUGGAGGAGUCUGCAGCUGUGUGCGGCUUUGAGGCCUUCAUCAAUGGGAAGCAUGUGAUUGGGGAGGUGAAGGAGAAGGAGCAGGCCCGUAAAGAGUACAAACAGGCCAUAGCGAAGGGCCACGGGGCUUACCUGAUGGACCAGGACGCACCUGACGUGUUCACCAUCAGCGUGGGGAACCUUCCUCCCGGCGCCACCGUCCUCAUCAAGGUCACCUUCAUCUCCGAGCUGAUGGUGAAGGCAGACUCCAUCUUCUUCCAGUUGCCUGGUAGCGUGGCGCCCUGGCAACAGAGUUCUGCACUCAAUGAGAGGACACAGGAUACAGUGGAGAAGGUGUGUGUGAGUGAACUCAAUGGGGAGUUUACCCUCAGUUUGUCCAUUGAGAUGCCUUAUGAGAUCACCAGUCUGCGCUGUGAUACUCACCGCAUUCAGACCAAGAGGACGGACUGCAAGGCGGUGGUUGGCACGUUGCCGGGGGAAACGCUGGGAUCGGACGGGUUCCACCUCUACAUCACCCUGUCUGAGAUGCACAUGCCCCGCAUGUGGGUGGAGAAACACCCUGACAAGGACAGCCAGGCCUGUAUGCUGGUGUUUUACCCAGACUUUGAGACGCCCAGAGGGGCGGGUGAGGAGCCCAGCCCUGGGCCUGGCUGCCGGGUGGAGGAGGUGGUGCUCCUGCUGGACUCCUCCGAGUCGAUGCGGGGGGAGGCCCUGCUGAAUGCCCGCCAGAUCGCCCUGCAGCUCCUCAGCAAACUGGACAAAAAAAUCAAGAUCAACAUUAUGUUAUUUGGUACAGAACAAAGCGAUGCCUUCAUGUUCUCCAAAGUUCUUGGGGAUGCGCUUGAACCAGCCAAGAAGUUCAUCAGGAUCUCCUUACCAGUGGGGGGCAGCACUGAGCUGUGGAGGCCCCUGCGCAGCCUCAGUCUGCUGCCACCCUCCCGAGGCACCAGGAGCCUGGUGCUGCUGUCUGACGGCCACGUGCACAACCCCGCCCUCACCCUGGAGCUGGCCCGCAGCAACGCCGCCCACACGCGCCUCUUCACCUGUGGCCUCAGUAAAACUGCCAACAGACAUAUGCUGCGAGCUCUAGCCCAGGCAGGGGGGGCCUACGAGUUCUUUGACACAAAGACCCGACACACAUGGUCAGAAAAGGUGGAGUCACAGGUGAGGCGGUUGACGUCUCCAGGCUGCAGCUCGGUGGCGGUGAAGUGGCAGCUGUUCAACCCAACAGCGCCCCCUCCUGUUCAGGCCCCUGCGCAGCUCCACGCCCUCUUCAGCAACUGCCACACCUUGGUCUACGGCUUCGUACCCCACUGCACACAGGCUGCUCUCUAUGGAGACCUGUGUGGGAAAGAGAUUAAGACCAUGGUGUCCACCACAGAACUGCAGAAGAGUAAGGGCACGCUCCUUCACAAGCUCACAGCAAGAGCAGUUAUUAGAGAUUAUGAGGAUGGUAUUCUUCACAUGGAUGAAGUUGAACACGAGGGAAAGAAAGCCCAGAUGAAGUCCUUCAUCGUUGAGCUCAGCAAAGAGUUCUCCAUCCUCUCCCAGUUCACCAGCUUUGUGGCCAUUGAGGAGAGGGAUGCCACGAAGCCUGAUGAGGGGUUCACAGACAUCCCCAAACUGAUUGCAGAAGAGGAUGUUGACCUGUUACCUUAUAUGGGCUGGGAAGAUGAAGAGGAGAGAGGGGAGGAGUACGAAGAGACAUACGAGUUGUGUUCUGACAUGCUAUGUGAAGAUGAGGAGGAAGAUACAUACGAGUUGCGUGGUCGCAGACUGCUAUGUGAAGUGACGGAGGAAGAUGUAUUGGCCUUGGAUGAAUGUAACUACCGUUCUAUGGCCCUUCUAAGGUGUUUGACGGAUGACUCCCUUGUGGAUUCUAUCUUUGGGUUCCUAGGUGCCCCCUGCGUAGAAAGUGAAGAAGUGUAUGAUGACUUUUCUUCAAUGUUCGUUCCGGAAGACCCAAGUCUUGAGAGGUGUGCUCCUCUCCUCGAGGAGUCCUCCGUCUGGAAGAUGGCAGGAAAAUCAUUAGUACUGGGGCAUGGAAGUCCUGUAGCAAAUUCAGUCAGUGGUGCCGCCUCUACUCUUGCCCCUGCUCCUACUGUUACCCCUGCUCCUACUCUUGUCCCUGUCUGUGCCCCUUUCCCUCCCCUCGCCAUUGCCCAUGCCUCUCCCUAUACUCUCCCUAUCAUUGGUUCUGCCCGUGCUUCUCCUGGCCGUGCUCCUGCCUCUGAUUCUGCUCCUGCCGGUGCUCCUGCUCCUCCUCCUUCUGCAACCUUCUCUGGUCCUACCCCAGACCCUCCCCCUCCUGACGUGUUUCGUGCUCGGCGCUCUAGUGGUUUCGGUUUUGGAGGUGCCAAACAUGGACCUCCUCCUCAUCCUAAAUCCUCUCGGCACCGCUCUACUCCUUUUUUGGGCUUCCUCCGGUCAAGCCACUCCAGGCAUGCUGCUCCUCCUCCUCCUCCUAAAUCAUCUCUGCACCUCUCUGCUCCUCCUCCUCGUCCUCAAACCUCUCUGCACCUCUCUGCUGCUCCUCCUCAGGAGUGUGACUAUGCAGGUUUCUCAGGAAAUUCUUCUUUGGACUGUCUCUCUGCUCCCUCAGAUAUCAUCUCUGCCCCUUCUCCUCCUCCUUCUCCUCCUCCCCUUGUCUAUGUGGCUGCUACUCCUGCCGUUGCACGGAAGUCCAGAAAAGCACCUGUGCCGAAAAAGGCUUUCCACGACUUGAUGGAGGAGUGUUCUCACAGCCGGUCCAUGGCAGAAGACGGCGUACCUCUCAGCAUGAUUCAUCAUGUCAUCGAACAUGGGAAGAAAGCGAAAAAGGGGAUGCCACGGUAA